AUGGCGAGUAACAAGGACCCCGAGCUCGCCAAAGAUGACCUCCAUGUCACGACUUCGCUGUCGUCGUCCAAAAAUGCCAAUGCCCCUGUUCCGGUCCAAGGCACCACACAACACCUUCCCACGUACGAGCACGAAAGAGCCUUGACGUUGAAAUUCGACUUGCGCAUAUUACCCGUUUUGUCUUUGAUGUACCUUUUCAAUGCACUUGAUAAGGGGAAUCUUGGUAAUGCAAAGACGGACGGCAUGGACAAGGACUUGCACUUCAAAGGGAACCAGUACAACAUCAUGCUGAGUAUCUUCUAUGUGCCUUAUGUCCUCUUUGCACCGCCGGUUGGUAUGCUCGGAAAGAAAUUCGGACCGCAUCGUGUCUUGCCGAUCAUGAUGUUUUGUUUUGGCAGUGCGACGCUACUUGCUGCUAGCGUGCACAAUUGGAGUGGAAUGAUGGCGCUGAGAUGGUUCUUGGGAAUGUCGGAGAGUGCAUUCUUCCCCCUCGUCAUUUACUAUCUCACUACCUUUUACCGCCGCGGUGAGCUUGCACGACGACUUGCCAUCUUCUACGCUGCGUCCAACAUUGCCAACGCCUUUUCUGGCCUCCUCGCAUUCGGUGUGUUUCAGAUCAAGUCAACACUAGACUCGUGGCGAUAUCUCUUUAUCAUCGAGGGAGCACUCACCGUCUGCUGUUCAUUCUUCACCUACUGGUAUCUCCCGAAGAACGCCUACGAGGCCUCGUUUCUCAAUGAGGCCGAGAAAGAGCUCGCAUACACGCGUAUUCAGAUUGACUCCUCAUCCGUCGUCGGGCAAAAAUUCAACUUGAAAGACGCGCUUCUCAUCUUCAAAGAGCCAUCGACUUAUGGGUUUCUCGCCAUCGAAAUUUGCCUCGGUGUACCGCUGCAAUCGGUGUCGCUCUUCUUGCCCCAAAUUGUCGGCAGACUUGGUUACAACAAAAUCAAGACGAACCUUUACACUGUCGCACCAAACAUUGUGGGCGCAUGUGUUCUCCUCAUCCUCGCCUUUGCCUCCGACCACACACGUCUUCGUUUCCCAUUUAUCGCCCUCGGCUUCCUCCUGACAUUCAUCGGGUUUAUCAUCUACGCCACGAUUGACGUGAAGCACUCCAUUCACGUUGCAUACUUUGCCUGCUUCAUGAUGACAUGGGGAACAUCUGCACCCUCGGUCCUGCUCUCCACAUGGUACAACAACAACGUCGCAGACGAGAACCGACGCGUGACGCUCACCUCUGUUGGUGUACCGCUGGCAAACUUGAUGGGAGUGGUUAGUUCGAACAUCUUCAGGCCACAAGACGCGCCCGGGUACAUUCCAGCGCUGGCUACGACGGCGGCGUUUGGGGCAACGGGCGCCUUGUGUGCGGCACUGCUGGGAUGCUACAUGGUGAUUGACAACAAGAGGAGAAACGCAAAGCAGGGCGUGAACCUGACGGCGAAAGACGUGUCGACUGAGAAGUUGAGAGAUGGCCCUAAAAACCCCGAGUUCAGAUGUGCGUGGUAUUGGGGAUUUGUAAUGAAAAAUUGCAGAAGGGUUCAGCUCGAAAUUCGAGAUGGACCUGCUUGCGCCAAAAGCAACUUCGAUUUAAUUAUAUACUCAAAAGAAAUGUCAACGCCCGAGUACGUUGCAUCGGAUAAGCAUCCACCAAGCACACGUACACAAGCUCCAGGAGCUCUCCCCGUCUUCAUCAUGGCGGUCAAGGCAACGGUGCCGUUUCUGGUGGCGAUGAUGCUGUUGACGGGCGUGUGCAACACGCUGUUGACCAAGUAUCAAGACAUGCAAUGCGUCAAGAACUGUGACGCUCCCCCGAAGCACCAAGAACGCUUCGAACAGCCCGUCCUCCAGACACUACAGAUGUUCAUUGGAGAAAUGGGCUGCUGGCUCGUCAUCGGCGCGUUCAACCUCUACCAACGAUACGCGACGGCCAAGGCUGGCUACGAACCUAUCCCCAACGGUGACGGCGCAGCCACCCCAGCUUCAGAGGAAUCUGAGACGGCGCCUGUUGCGAACCCGCUGAGGCCCGCGCACCCAGACGACGAGGGUAGAAUUCCGCUCGAAGGAAGGAGUAUACUGUUGCUGGCGCUUCCAGCAUGCGCCGACAUUGCCGGAACAACGCUCAUGAAUGUUGGAUUGUUGUUCGUUGUAGCCAGUAUCUACCAGAUGACUCGAGGCGCGCUUGUGCUUUUUGUUGGACUCUUCAGCGUGUGGUUCCUCAAGCGUCAUCUCGGACUGUACAAGUGGUUCUCGCUCUUCGUUGUGGUCACAGGUGUCGCAAUCGUUGGACUCGCUGGCGCCCUGGCCAAGGAGCCUGGUCAUCCGUCCGACGACGGUUCUGCCGUAGGAUCAGACGAGGUCAAAGCCGCUGCUUCGCAAGCUCUCAUGACGGUUAUUGGUGUGCUGCUUAUUGCUGGCGCGCAGAUCUUCACUGCCACGCAGUUUGUGCUUGAGGAGAGGAUCAUGGAGAAGUACGCCAUGGAGCCGAUCAAGGUUGUUGGCUGGGAAGGUACCUUUGGAUUCCUCGUCACAAUGAUUGGCAUGGUCAUCCUGCACCUUUCCAUCGGCACCGGAUACUUCAACGCGAGGGAGGGUUUCUACCAGAUGUUCCACAACCGUGCCAUUGCCUUCUCCUCGUUGUUGAUCAUGAUCAGCAUUGGUGGCUUCAACUUCUUCGGUCUCUCUGUUACCCGCACCGUCUCCGCUACUUCGCGCUCGACGAUUGACACCUGCCGCACGCUCUUCAUCUGGAUCGUGUCGCUAGGCCUUGGCUGGGAGUCAUUCAAGUGGCUGCAGGUUGCAGGUUUCGCUCUGCUCGUGUACGGCACCUUUUUGUUUAACGACUUGGUCCGCCCGCCGCUAAAGGCGUGCGUCGAGCGCAAGCCCGAGCCGCUGCUGCCUGAGGAGCCGAUUGAGCACAUGUAGGUGAGCCGUGGGAAAACGGAGGGGCAACGGCACUUUGUAUUUACGCAACUUGGAGGAUGGAUGGCGUUUUAGGGUGCAUUUCAGCAUAUCUAGACUGUAUCUGGUUUCAAUAUCAACUCGAAUCAUAGCUUA